AUGAAAGGGGCACUGACUGAAAUUAUCCAGCUCGCUACCUUGGAUUCAGACCCCUGGGUCUUAAUGGUAGCUGAUAUUUUAAAAUCCUUUCCAGAUACUGGCUCCCUUAACCUUGAUCUUGAAGAACAGAAUCCCAAUGUUCAAGAUAUUUUAGGAGAGCUUAGAGAAAAAGUAAGUGAAUGUGAAACUUCAGCUAUGUUGCCGUUGGAAUGCCAAUACUUAAACAAAAAUGCCUUGACAACACUAGCGGGGCCACUUACUCCCCCAGUGAAACACUUCCAGCUGAAAAGGAAACCUAAAAGUGCCACUCUCAGAGCUGAACUCUUGCAGAAGUCAACAGAAACUGCACAACAGCUCAAGAAGACUGCAGGAGUGCCUUUCCAUGCCAAAGGCAGGGGACUGGUCAAAAAGAUAGAUACAACAACACCACUCAAAGGAAUACCAAAACAAGCUCCAUUCAGGAGUACUUCAGCACCUAGUGUAUUUAGUCCUUCUGGAAACAGAACUCCUAUUCCUCCUUCAAGAACACCUUUGCGCAAAGAAAGAGGAGUAAAGCUUCUAGAUAUCUCUGAGCUGGAUAUGGUAGGUGCUGGCCGUGAAGCAAAGAGAAGAAGAAAGACAUUAGAUACAGAAGUUGUGGAAAAGCAAGCCAAAGAAGAAACAGUAGUAGAAAAUGCUACCCCAGACUAUGCUGCUGGCCUUGUGUCUACACAGAAACUUGGCUCAUUGAACAAUGAGCCUGCACUACCUUCUACAAGUUAUUUACCUGCUACCCCCAGUGUGGUGCCGUCUUCCUCAUAUAUCCCAAGCUCUGAAACACAGCCAGCUGGCUCUGCACGAGAGGCCUUGCAGACUAACAGACAGACUGAAGAACCUGCAGCUCCAAAUGCUACCACAACUCUUCCUGCACAAUUCAAACAAAGAACACCCAUGUACAACAGUAACUCUAAUCCACCUGCAGCUACACCUACCUCACCCCUAACACCUACCACACCUCCUGCCAUUUCCCCUGCAGCACAAGCACCACAAGUGGCUGCCCAAACUCAGCAACAGCCACCACCGAAAAAAAGCCUCUCUCUCACAAGGGAGCAAAUGUAUGCUGCACAGGAAAUGUUCAAGACUGCAAACAAAGUUACAAGGCCAGAAAAGGCUCUUAUACUUGGAUUCAUGGCAGGAUCCAGAGAGAAUCCUUGCCAAGAGCAAGGUGACAUCAUCCAAAUUAAACUUAGUGAGCAUACAGAAGAUUUACCAAAGGCAGAUGGCACUGGCAGCACCACUAUGUUGGUUGAUACGGUCUUUGAAAUGAACUAUGCUACUGGUGAAUGGACCAGAUUCAAGAAGUACAAACCUAUAACUAAUGUUUCCUAAGAGAUGCAGCAACAGUAGACUGGACCAAAUCAAGCUUAGAGUCAACCAGCUCAUAGAGUAUGUCAACUGUACAAAAUGGCAUUCAUGUGUACAUUUCUUAUUACCCUCCAGAGUAAAAGUUGUGGCUCUUCAACCUAACUGGACUCAGUGAACACAGAAGAUGGUGUCAA